UGAACAGGAUGCAGAGGGAGUGGCUCCACCAUGUUUAUAAGUUCCAUCCCCGUGGAUCUGCAGUCAAACUCACACCUGCUGGAUCUCAAUCAGAUCGGCUGUAAAACGUGAAGAAGAACAAGUUGGUUUCAGGUUGUUGACAACAUCUCAUGCUGGUUUUUAAAUGCUGCUGCACUGACCCGUUAAACCACAACCAGAGAGAAGAUUCUUGGCUCACUCCAAUCACAACAAUAAGCCUUGUAACACAAUAUUUCGCUUCACAAUAAGAUAAAGCAACACAAUGGAGCGUCGUUCACCAGACACUGAAUCCUCUGGUGUUGAUAGGGAGAUGUCAGGGGUGGAAUUGGUUGAGCACUGUUUUUUGUAUAUGAAAGAAAAUCCCACAUCCACCAACACGCAGCUGUUCUGUAUGUUGGCACUGCUGAAGGCCUAUGUUCCUGAGUCCUACCUCCUGAUGUCUGAGUGUCAAAGGAUUCUUGGCCCACCUGAUCCCAUCCAUGGAGGCCCCCCCUUUGAACAGAGAAUGGAGCCUUUUACCAACUUCAUCAGGAAAUCCAGUCCAAACCCUGGACCCAAACGUGUAUGUAUGAUUAACCAGGUAUCUGCACAAAAGGCUGUGGAGGUAAUGGCUGACUCUGGGAUUCCCAGGAGUGAUACAGUGAAAAACAUUAUGUUCUCACUUUGUGGAGAUCAGGCCGAACCACAUGUUCUCCAGGUCAUCAAAGAUCUGCUGACAAAGAGAGAAAUGGUGGAGAAACGCAAAGAGAAGUUCUCAAGGUUGGUUGAAGAUAUACUGAAGCUAGAGAGUUUUAACAAAGCUCUACUUGUCUUGGAGGGAGCGUCAACAAAAUUCUCAGAGAACGCCGCUUUCCCUCAAGUUGUUUCUCGUCUGUAUUACAUUGCUAAAAAACCAUCUGACUAUGUAAUAGCUGAAGAAUGGGCAAAGGAAGCCAUUGAUCGAGCUCCAGACAUCUCUUACAUAGCUGACACUCUUGGGCAGGUUUAUAAGAACCGUUUGUUGAGGCUUCGUAAGGGACCAGAAGAAAUCAUUAGAUUGGCAGACGAGGCCUUCACAGCAUUUGAAGAUGUGGAGAGGAAAGCAGACAAGGAAGAGCCCCUACAGAUGGACACAGAAGGUACUGCACCUAUUGCAGCUACUUUCAACAAUCGGGGCCUUUUCGGCUUCCUCCAAGUGGCAAAGAUCGCUUUUGAAAAACUCAGUGACCAGCAGCUGAAGGCUUCUUUAAUCCAAAACAGGAAAAAGAACGUCAAAGCCAAGUUUGAAUUCUUUGAGUGGUACCUGACCUACUCGACGCCCGACGAGACAACUUUAGAGCCAGAUUACUUCUGGAAGGAUGUGGCACUCUGUUACAAACAUUACACAACAGAAGCAGCAGCUGACUCCACCAGCUUCCCGGGUCUUCUUGACUGUUUGAAUCAAGGCCUUUUCGGGUCCAGGGGGAAGAGGGCAGGAUUUCGGGAGGAGGAGAAAUCAGGGUUUGAUUUAGAGGAAUUCCAACGUGAGUUGAAAAACGACUAUGAGGAAAAUGUUGAUGAUGUCCAAGUAGCUGAGAGGUACAUCCUCUCCAACAUCAUCUUGAGCAACAGGAUGCCGGAUUCUCCUCAGCUCGCCUCGAUGGAAGAACUCCAAACUAUCCUUUUGAGAUUCUUGGCCACAGAAAGGAGGCAUAGAAGUCCAGAGUUCUACCUCUUGGUGCUGCUGCUUCGGUUGUUCGGUGGUUCUGACUCAGACCUACGUCAGUAUGUCACCUUCAUGAAAGAAGCCUAUGAAAGGUCCAGUUAUGCCAAGUACCUUCGAUCCCGUUACCUUUUGCCUCUGUUUUUUCUGGGUGAGGGCUCUGGACUGAGCAAAUGGAUUCACAAAUCACGGCUGGAUGCAAUCGUGGAACAAACGGUGGAGGCUGAGCUGGCAGGUGAAAACAAUCCAACUGAUUUAGAGAAAACAAGGCGGAUUGAAAACAUGUGGAGGAACGGUGACGUGUGGCAAUUGCCGGAAAUCCAAAACAUCCUUCGCCCGGUCAGGGAGGAGGACAUUAAGGAGUUAGUUUGUGCCGGAUGGUGGAAAGAAAAUGUUGAACCAGAAGAUCCAACAUUGAGUGCCACGCUGAUCUAUCUUGGCUUCAACAUUAAGGGUCCUGCCCCCUUCAUAGUGAGAGUCCCUCAUGUGAACAAUGACUGACCAGGAACACUUUGGGAUCAAGACCCAGACCAACAGAUCACCAUCGGUACCUUGAAAGCCAUCAUUCGCGUGUGAAAUAUUUUGGGAUUCAUGAAAACUAAGUGUAAGGUUUCUCUAAAGCACCUGACCUUUUUAUUUUAUUUUCUUUCACUCAUUACUCUGAAUUAUCAGUUUUUGUUAAGGUGAAUGGGUCAAAUGUGAUUGACAUUAAUCAGAUUUGUUGUAAUGUGUGGAUAUUCUUAUAUGUCUAUGAAAAUAUGUCUCAAUCUUAUGUGAUAAAGAUAUUAGAGACAUUUCUCUCAAAUACAGCCUAUUUGCUUAUAUACAUAUUUGGGUUGAAAACUGAUUUUGUGUUUGUGUUUAGUAUUUACAAUAAUUAAUUUUAUCCCCUAUUGCAUUCUACUGGUCACUGUUUUAGGCAUCCAAAUUUAUUUCUGACAAAAUUUAUUUCCAUCUCAACUAAAAGGUUUCUCCAAGGGGAGAUAACCCAUUCUUCUUCUACAUAUAAAGCUUUUAUCAUGUGGUGUCUAUUGGAUUUAUUAUCAGUAUCUAUAUUACUAUUUUUAUCAUUAUUAUUAGUUACUAUGAUUGUGAGUUUCAUAUCGUUUGUUAUAGAGCAUUUGUGACUUGUAUUGAAAAGUGAUAUACAAAUAAAGUCGUUAUUAUUACAA